CUUUUGCGCUUCCUGCCACCUUAGAGCUUUGCCACAAAUUAGCCUUUGCGUGGCCGGCAAUGGAGCAAGUCGUCAAUGCGUUACAGGCACUCUAUGCCACAAGUGACCCGCAAACAAAGAAGCAAGCCGAUGACUGGCUCACGAAGUUUCAGCAGACUCCGGCAGCGUGGCAAGUGUCUGAUACGCUCCUGAGCCAGGCAGAUGCGCCAAUGCAAUUUCGAUUUUUUGCCGCACAAACGAUGCGCACCAAAGUGCAGUUUGAUUUUUAUGAGUUGCCUGCUGACAGCUACAUGAGCUUGAGAGACUCCAUGCUGGUUCACAUUGACAGGUUUCGCGCCGCGGAGCAUCAGCCAAUCCACACCAUGUUAGCGAUCGGCCUGGCCGACCUCGCGAUCCAAAUGGACCAUACCUGGCCCAAUGCUGUCGAGACCUUGUUCCAGCGCUUUGGGCAGAGUCCGGAGAGCUAUCCAACGCUCCUGGAGGUGCUGCGAAUGCUCCCUGAGGAGAACAACAACUACAAACUCAUGACGGACAGCUUCAAGCGUGAAUCUUGCAGCCAAAGGCUUCAAGCUGCAACGCCUCAAGUGGUCCAAUUCCUUCUGAACCUGCAAUGCCCAACAGUGCAAGCGAGAAGGAAAGUUUUGGAGUGCUUUCUGAGCUGGAUCAAGUACACCAACUUGCAAGCCUCAGAUAUUGCACAGAAUCCUUUGAUCCCUGAGUGCUUCAAACACGUGGUUUCCGGCGGCGAUCUCAGUGAAACAGCCACCGACAUCAUCGUGGAGCUGCUGCGGAUGUGUUCCAGCGACAUCUCGGCGUACCAGCCGGUGAUCGAAGUGAUUUUGAGUCAAUUGGGCACUUUGAGGUCCAAGUUCGAGACGCAACUGAGCCGCGGCAUGGAAGUGGCCCUGGAUGAGCAAGACAGCUUGCUGCAAGUGUGCCGCAUCUACGUGGAAGUGGGCGAAUGUUUGGUGCCCCUGGUGAUGACCCAAUGUGCCGACGCGCAGAUCGUAAGUAUCCUUCAAGUGAUCUUGCGCUGCACUGACCUCCCGUCCGAGGAAAUCAGCUCGAUACCCUUGGAGUUUUGGCACAGACUGGCAGAUGAAGUUUGCAGGCAUCCUGAGACUGACGUCAAGAUCGAUCAAUUUCAGGGUGUCUACCUGGAGCUCCUGAGCGCCAGCAUCCGGCGUUGCACCCUGAGUACCACACAAGAUCCCUUUCUUGCGGACGAUGAAAUCGCCGCAUACAGACAAAGGAUUUUGGGCCUGGUCGAGGACUGUUUGGAAGUCCUGACGCCGAAUACUGCAUUAGAACAUGUACUGAAGAGCUUGCUUGGUGGACAGCAAAAUGGAGUCGUAGUUCAAGAGGCGCACUUCUUCGUGCUGACCAUGGUCGCCUCGCGCGCGGAGGUCCGCGAAGGCAGCGUGCUGUGGCAGCUGAUCCAGUCCUUACCGCCCUUGAUCUCGGCAACGGCGCCCGAAGGGGCCGAGCGCGUGGACGGGGCGAUUUUGCACUUCACCAAGAAGACGGCCAUCGAACUGUUGGGCAACCUGUGGCAGUGGGUGAAAACGAGGCCAGACUUUUUAAGAUCAUCUUUGGAGAUGAUCAGCAUGCUUCUGAUGGCUUCUGAUCCACCCAACAGUCCCAACAACAUGUUGGAACGCACCAAGCAAGUGCAGCAGGCGGCAUCCAUGGCCUUCAAGGAGAUCUGCGUCGGGGGCAAACUGCAUUUGCAGGAUCUGGUGCCCCAGCUGACGCAGCUCUACGUCUCUACCAUUGCUUUGCCCAUCCGCAUGCAUCUCUUCAUCGUUGAUGGGGUCGGAGCAGUCGUGGCGAGCCUGAAUCAGGAGGAGACCUUUCGAUCUGCGCUCGAACAUUUGGUCACCCCUCUGGUGCAGGGCUUGAACACUGAAAGGGAACGGCCCGUGGUCCUGAGUGAGAUUUUAGACAGGCUCACGACGAUCAUCCGACAGAUUCACAUCCGCGAGGGCAGUGCAAAAGCAGCUUGUGUGGGUCAGCUGAUCAGCAGUACCUUUUGGCCGGUGAUCCGGCAAUGCUUGGCACAGCACCCUGCGGAUUCCAAGCUGGUUGAGAAGAGCUGCCGAUUGUUGAAGCAUUCUAUGCGCUGUGUGCCCGAUCUAUUCAAACCCAAUUUGUCCGAUGUGGCUCGCACUUUGGUGACUGCAUUUCAACAGCAUCAACAUUCUUCUUAUCUAUACUCUGCAGAGAUCUUGGCUCAUACAUAUGCCAAAGAUCCGGAGAUUGUGCCGGUGCUCACGGAGCUCUUCAAUCAGCUCAGUAGCAUUGGUUUGCAAUGCCUCAUGCAUUCCAAAGACAAGCUGGAAGAGAUCACCGAACUGGUCGAAGACUUCUUUGGGAUGUUUGAAAGAUACUUGAGAUUUGCUCCCAGAAUUGUCUUGGAAGCUCCUACCUUGCAGCCGACUAUGCAGCUGUGGAGCGUGGCGAUUUUCGUGCAGCAAAAGGAAGCGGUGGAGGCCAUCAUCGCCUUCAUCGAGUCAGUCCUCUCGCACAUCGGCGAGACCUUUAAGCUGGGGCGCAGAUAUGCGGAUGAGUCCAAGGCGAAGAUCGGGCAACUGCUGCAGCCACACGCCUUACAGGUGGCUCCGGGCUUCGUCCAAGCCAUUUUUCGACUCAUCGCCGGCGUGCCGACGAAAUAUGUGCAAGACUCGAUCCCUUCGAUCCUAGACCAUCUGCGGAGCGCAUUUUCUCAGGAAUUCCCUGCAUGGCUGGAGGCAGCUCUUACACAACUACCUCCUUCAGUGGGCUCCAAGGCUGAACUACAGAAGUUUGGAGAACACAUCAUCCGCGGGGACGACCAACGCCUCUACGAAGCGAUUCAGGACUUGUGCUAUCGCUGCGAGCAGGUGGUGCUGCGGAGCCGAGGGCAGGCAGAUGCGACCGUCGCCGGCCGCAAGAAGAAGUGAGUCUGUGAGUGAGUCGCCGUGGCGGCAGGGGCAGACUUGCAGGGCCGGCCGGGGCG